UUUCCACAGCCUAAUUCCUUCCUCCCUCUCCUUUUCUCACCAGCUCACGAUCAAACCAUCCCAACCCCACUCCCCUCUCUCUGCCCACAAAUCCCCACCGAAACUCUCCAAAACGAAGGAGGAAAAAAAAAAAAUCAAAAGAAAAAACGCGUUUCUUGUUCUUCUUCCUGUGGACGCCCACUCUCCUACCCUCCUCUCUAUUUCCUCCUCUUCGAAUAACGGAAACAAAGAAAAGAAAACCCCCAGCAAAAUGAAUGAAUGAAUCCUUCCAUAUCUUUCACCAGCUUUCUUUCUCUACAGCCUUAAAAUCUAAUAUAUAUAUAUGUAUUUAGUUUUCCUUCUUUGAAGAAGUAGAGAGAGAGAAGUAGAAAGAAAGAUGAGGGCGGGGCUGGCGACGAUCCAGCAGACGCUGACGACGGAGGCGGCGGCGGUGCUCAACCGGGCCAUCGCGGAGGCGUCCCGGCGGAGGCACGGCCAGACGACGCCGCUGCAUGUCGCCGCCACCCUCCUGGCUGCCCCCUCUGGGCUCCUCCGCCAGGCCUGCGCCCGCUCCCACCCGCUCUCCUCCCACCCGCUACAGUGCCGCGCCCUCGAGCUCUGCUUCUCCGUCGCCCUCGACCGCCUCCCAGCCUCCUCUGGCGCCGAUCCCGUCCCGGACCCGCCGCUCUCCAAUGCCCUCAUGGCCGCCCUCAAGCGCGCCCAGGCCCACCAGCGCCGCGGGUGCCCCGAGCAGCAGCAGCCUCCCCUCCUCGCCGUCAAGGUCGAGCUUGAGCAGCUCGUCGUCUCCAUCCUCGACGAUCCCUCCGUCAGCCGCGUCAUGCGCGAGGCCAGCUUCUCCAGCCCCGCCGUCAAGGCUGCCAUCGAGCAGUCCCUCGCCUCCCUGUCCCCCGUCGCCAAUUUCCCUUCCUCCGCCGCUACCCCGGCCGGCCUUGGAUUGAGUCCCGGCCCCCGCCCCCCCUCCCGGAACCUCUAUGUCAGCCCCCGCCUCCAGCAGCAGCAGCAGCAGCCACAGAGGAGGGGGGAGGUGAAGAAGGUGCUGGAGAUACUGACAAGAACCAACAAGCACAAUCCGGUCCUCGUUGGGGACUCCGACCCGGAUGCCGCGAAGAGAGAGGUUCUGCUGAUGAUCGAAAGGCGGGAACUCGGCAGCCAUGCCCUGCCGGCUCUUCAGCUGGCCCAGGUCGUCACCUUGGAGAGGGAAUUCUCCUCCUCGGAUCGGUCCCUGAUCCCCUCCAAGAUCAGGGAAUUGGGCGGCUUGGUCGAAUCCCGGAUCCAGGCUUCCGCCAUUAAUGGCGGGGGAGGUGUGAUUCUUGAUCUGGGGGACCUGAAAUGGCUGGUGGAGGGCCCCGGUGGGUACGGGGAGUCAGUCAGCUCAGGCCCAAUUCAGCUGCAGCAGCGGCAGGUCGUCUCGGAGAUAGGCCGGGAGGUGGUGGCGGAGAUGGGGAGGCUUCUGCAGAGGUUUGGAGAGGGUAGCAGUAAUGGCGGACGGUUGUGGGUUGUCGGGACGGCGACUUGCGCAACAUACCUGAGGUGCCAGGUCUACUUCCCCUCCAUGGAGGUUGAAUGGGACCUCCAGGCCGUGCCCGUCGCACCAAGAUCGCCGCUUACCGGUUUGUUCCCGAGAUUUGGAGGCAAUGGAAUUCUAAGCAGCUCAGUCGAGUCUCUCUCGCCAUUGAAGGGUUUCCAGCCCAUGAGCCUGGAGCGCACCAAUUCCUCCCACCAAAUAAGCCUCUGCAAACUUUGCAGAGAGAAUUACGAGCGUGAGCUCGCCAAGCUCGGAGCCAGUGAGGUCGAGAAGUCCUCAACUGAAUCCAGACCAGAAAGCAGGCAGGCAUUGCCUCAUUGGUUGCAGCUUGGGACACCCAGCUGCACAAAGCCGACAUCAGACCAGCCUCAGACCAGGGCGCAAGAGCUCAGGUGGAAGCAGAGGACAGAAGAAUUGCUGAAUAAAUGGCGGAUGACAUGCGUCCGCCUCCACCGGAACUCCCACCCGCCGGCCGCCUCCUCCGAGAAGCCUUUGGCUCCCACUUUUCCAUUGCUAAGCGCAAAUACCCCUAGUGUUCGUCCCCAACAAACUUUCCAGACAGGAUCAACGCUUUCUCCUCGAAGCAUCGCCCCCGUUCAGAUGAGCCGCGAUCACGGCCUUCAGAUAAACUCAUCGUCGGAGCGCCCUAUGAGCCCGCCCGGCAGCCCGGUGAAGACUGACCUAGUUCUCGGGCAGUCGAAGGCUCUCGGUAACUCAUUGGAGAAAACUCAUAGAGAGCGUGUCAAAGGCUUCCCAGGGUGCAUGCAGGGUCCGAUCCCCGACCAACCGAGAGAUAAAACAGUAGGCAAUUCCGAGACCGAUUCUCUCAAGAGGCUCUUCAAGGGCCUAAUGGAGAGUACUGAAUGGCAGCCUGAGGCGGCCUCUUCAGUCGCCAGUACUGUGAUGCAGUGCAGGUCUGGCAAUGGAAAACGGCGUGGCCUUGGACCCAAGGCCGAUACAUGGCUACUGUUUCUCGGCCCUGACAAGGUUGGGAAGAGGAAGAUGGCUUAUGCCCUGUCCGAACUAUUAUAUGGCACCGGACCGAUCACCAUUGGUCUCGGCAGCCCACGAACUGAAGGCGGUGAUGGAGAAUCCAACGCGAAACUCCGAGGUAAGACAGCGCCGGACCGGCUCGCUGAAGCCAUCCAGCGGAAUCCAUUCGCCGUCUUUGUGCUCGAGGACAUCGACUAUGCUGAUACACUGGCUCGGGGAACCAUCCAGAGAGCAAUUGAAAGAGGCCGGCUCCCGGACUCCUACGGCCGGGAGGUCAGUUUGGGUGGUGGGAUCUUUCUCCUCACCUCCAAUUGGUUGCCCGAAGAACUCAAGAGGUCGCAGGAUUUCCUUCUCCGGUGCGAGGAGAAGGUAUUGGACUCGGUAAAUUCAGGACGGCAACUGGAGUUCUCCCCAGGGGAGAAGACCGGAAAGCGUCGAGCGGAUUGGUCGCUGAAGGAUGAGCGGAACACCAAAGCGAGGAAGGAGUCUGCUGGACUUGUCCUGUCGCUCGACUUGAACUUGGGCGUUGGCAUUGAUGAUGAUGCUUGUGAGGGCUCCCGGAACUCUAGCGACCUCACGGUGGAGCAUGAGAACGAGGCAGAACGGCUGGCCGUCAGGUGUUCGACGCCAUCAAAUGCCACAGAGCUGAUGGAAUUGGUCGACAAUGCCAUCGUGUUCAAGCCUGUUGACUUCAGCCCAAUGAGGAGGAGGAUCUCAGAAUCUAUCACCAAAAAAUUCAGGGAGAUCAUGGGCGAUGGGCGAUCCAUGCAGGUCGAUGAAGACGCGCUCGAUCAGUUGGUCGGCGGAGUUUGGCUUGGCGGAGCCACCACCGCUGCAUUCGAGGAGUGGGCGGAGAGGGUGUUGGUUCCCAGCAUUCAACAAUUGAAGAACAGUUCGAACGACGGAGCUACCGUGCGGUUAUCGUCGGUGAAGACUGGUGCUCGAAUGCAGAGGGGUAAUGCUGCCGGAGAUUUGCUACCGAGCUCAGUGAUGGUCAAUGUAGAUGGGCUGUAGAGGGCAUGAUUGAGGCACAAAAGUUUGUCAGGGAGCGAUUUGUAAAUAUAUGAGGGUAGAAAUCCGAGUGCUAACCAGCGAUAGGUUGGGAAGGGGAAAUUUUAAGUCAUAUAGUUUAAAAUAAGAAUAUAGAUUAGAGGAAACUUAUUUUUAUGUGCAUUAUUUAUUUUAAACAUCACUGGUCCAAUGUUAUAGUGAUUUGUGCUGAUGGUUAAUAAUAAAAUGGAACGACUUUUAACUA